GGUCCCCGUUGAUUGAGUUCAGCCUCAGUACAUCAACAACAACAACUACAAAAAGUACUUCAACCUUCUCAUUUCUCAAGGACUCACUAUUCAAGAACACUCAAAACACUUUCUCAACUUAAUACAUCAACUUCAAUCAAAUCGAUCUCAACUACUUCAUCGAACCCGAAUCAAAUCACACAUGUCUGCUGCUCCACCCCCAUCGGUUCAGGUCGGAGGAACCACAAUCACGGCUCCCGACUUGCUCGUCGGUCAAUACCUUCGUCGCGUACUUCGUUUACCUGAACCUUCCCGUACACGAGCAUGGAUCGCAACAAUGUUUGAGGCUGAUCCUGAAGGAGAGAUUGAGCAAGUGGCACUUUGGGGCAUGUACCGAAUGCAAUUUGAACCUCAUCAAGGUGAAGAUGCAGGCGUACCGAUCCCACCCUUGGCGGCUGCUACAGACGUGAUCACCGUCAUGGAAACCGUCUUUCGACCGGAUAGCUAUGUUGGACCUGAUGGGAUGAAGAGAUAUGUGAUCAGAGGACUCAAACUCAGGCCUGCCUUGGAACGUGACGCUAUUUUGGAUGACAUGUUUCGUGCACCAUCAGAUACCGCUUCAACUCACUCAGGUGUCGGUUUACCCUCGACUCCUCACCAAGCUCAUCAUACGUCACACACUACCCCUUCAUCGUCAUCUAUGAUCACUUCAACUAAUCAUCAAUCAGCUCACGCUCAUAACUCUACGCCAAGCCAUAUAGCUAACAGCCGAUCUCCGGAUCUUUUGGACGAGCUAGAUGUAGUUAAAAUUGUACAUUUUCCAGAACCUUACCGAACCCGUUUAUGGAUCGCUUCGUUAUUUGAACCUGACCCUACUAGUAAUGCUGGUCCAGGUGGUGGUGGAGUCGAACAAGUUACCUUGUGGCAACUUUAUCAAAAACAAUUCACUCAUUAUGUACAAGAAGGAGUUCUUGGCGAUAAACCUAUCCCACAGCUUGCACCCGCUACCGAGGUCAUCAAGGCUGUCCAAGACGUUUUUCCUGAUGGCAGAGUGGUGAAAAACCUAUUGACCAUCACGGGUGUUAGUCAGCCUGGUAAUACGUCCAAUGGUUCUACUGCUCCGAAUUCCCAGCCUGACCCUGUGACAGCUCAGCUCGUGACUCAAGUCGAAAGUUUGGUCAAAACAGUCGAUGAUCUACAAAGCGUGGUCAAGCAACAAGAGUUGAUCAUCAAACAAGAGCUUUCCUGGAAUGCCACGCGGCAAGUCAACCUUCGUCAAUCAGAGCCCAAUUCGGUUUUACGUCCACUUUCGGCCGCACUACCGACGAUGACACCUUCCUACCCUCUAGAUUUCCCCAAAACCAUCGAAGAGGCAAACAAACUUACUCAUGUUCAAUGUGUUGGUUUAUUAGAAAGAUAUGGUCAAGCACAUCUGGUUCAUGAUUCAAAUGAAGAAAAGACUCGAGAGGCCUUUUUAGAAUUCAUUGGAUGUCUUUCAUUAACAUGUUCGAAAUCAGUUUCUACUCCUGCGGUGACCUCUAUGGUCUAAUCUGAAAAAUCGUCAAAUAAUCAAAUCAACCUUGGAACCAAGAGGUUAAGAAAGAAUGCUGUGUGUUUGCGUGUGUGUGUCUUCUUUUGAAUGUCUUUCUGUUGUGUGUGUUUGUGUGUGUGUGUGUGUGUGUUUUAUGCUACUUUAAUGUUGCAUUUGAACUUGUGAACUUUUUUUUAAACAAAGCAAAUGGUUUGACUGUAAUCCUUUCAACUAAAGCUGGAAGUAAAACAAACAAACAAAAAAUCACAACCAAGAAACGAAACGAAAUACAUACCACAUUUUGUUUUUUUUUGUAAAUUGUAUGGGCUAUAGAUACAUAUACACUAUAUAUUUGGAUGUAGUAGAUAUGCAUGAAAGCCUAUUUGUGUUUUUGG